AAAAAUAGGUAAUUUUUUAAUAAAAUUAAGAUUUUUUGGUGAAAAGUUGAAAAAUAUAAUUUAUAAUAAAAUUAAAUCCAUAUACAAAUUACAAGUUUUAGUGAAAUUGAAAAGAGGUCUAUACAUACUGCACAUAUUGGAUUGCAACUGUAUUGCAAAUAAAAUAGAGUUGGAGACGGCAUCAGUAAGCUGCUCAUGAGCAUUAUUCGUGAAGCUGCUGAACUUGAUCGUAUUACAGUUAAAAUACAUAAUAUGAAACGUAGUGCUUCUCGUGAUUCUCCAAAUAGAACAAGUCAUUCUUCACGUUCACGAUCACUAGCUAUGGGCCGUGGUGCAUACGAUAAUGGAGGUGGUGUGCCGGGGGAUUCUCCUGAACGCAUAUCUCCCGACAGAUUAAGACGUAGGGUUGGACGCUCUCCAAGUCCCCGCGGUCGUUAUGGAGGCGCUUCACCACACCGUGAAGAGUAUAUACGGGGAGUACCACCUUCUGCGGAGAGGCCAACUUAUAAAGUUUUAUGCGUAAGUGCUUUGCACCCAAAGGCAUCCGAUGAAUUUAUAAAAGAGACAUUGUAUCGUGAAUAUAAAAAAUUUGGCGACUUUAGUAUUCGAAUUUCGCGUGAUUUAGACGAGAGAGUAGCAUAUGUAUGCUUUCGAACUGCUGAGGAUGCUCGAGAAGCAAAACAUCAUAAACCUCGUAUUGUUCUUUACGAUAAGGUAGCGUUAGUAGAACCAGUGUACGAAUCUUCUGGACGUAGUGAACAUAGGCCUCGUGGACGUUCCAUCUCUCCUCCGGAGUAUGAUCGUUAUCAUUACACUAGGGUGCCAGGUCCACCACCGGGACCACCGGAACACCGUCGACCACCUUUAGAUGCGUACGAUCGCUAUGGGCCUCCCCAUAUACCCCCGCAUCCUCAUACUCGCGAAUAUAGACCUAUUCAUCAUGAGUACCCGAUGCCACCAAGAGGUCCUCCAAUGCAUCGUGGUCCUCCGCAUUUACACGGACCACCACCACCUCACUAUGGUGGUCCACCACGUCAUAUGGGCCCAAGGCCACAUGUACCGUAUGAAAAGCCAGAAAAUAAAAAGGAUAAAUUUCCCAAUUAUUUGCAUCACGUCCAACCCGAGGAUGAUCCUCUAUCUACACGAACACUAUUCGCUGGAAAUUUAGAAGUGACAAUUGCGGACGAUGAACUUCGUCGCAUAUUCGGUAAAUAUGGAAUUGUGGAUGACAUUGAUAUCAAGAGACCUCCACCAGGUACUGGAAAUGCGUUUGCAUUUGUCAGAUAUCAGAAUUUAGAUAUGGCUCAUAGGGCUAAAUGCGAACUAUCUGGACAAUACAUUGGCAAAUUCCAAUGUAAAAUUGGUUACGGCAAAGUGACUCCGGCAACACGAAUUUGGAUUGGUGGUUUGGGCGCAUGGACAUCAGUUACACAAUUAGAGCGGGAAUUUGAUAGAUUUGGCGCUAUUAAGAAAAUUGAGUACCAAAAGGGAGAUACUUGUGCGUACAUUCAGUAUGAGACCAUAGAAGCAGCAACGGCAGCAGUUAAGGAAAUGCGAGGUUUUCCUUUGGGCGGACCAGAAAGACGUUUGCGUACCGACUUCUCGGAAUUACCAGGUGUAACUCCUACAGCAGCUCCUUUUAAACCGAAAGCACCGUAUGAGGAAACUGCGGGCUCCUCAGUGCCAUCCUCUGAAUACAGACGCCCGGAAUACGACUAUCACUAUGAAGAUACUCACCAUCACCAUCCUCCUCACCAUCAUUAUGCACCACGCGGAGGAUAUGCUCCAUAUCCACCCCGUGGUUCAUAUCGCGGUCGUGGAGGAUAUCGAGGACGUGGUCGUGGCUCAUAUCACUAUCACAAUGAUGUUCAUAGACCAGCACAUCCAAGUGCACAUUCAUCUUCUGCUGCACCAGUUCCACCUCCGGCCGGAGUUGAAGAUGAAUGGCGCCGACCUCCUGGAGAGCCCGGUUUCGAUAGAGGUCGUUCCGGUUCAAGAGAACUAAGGUCGGAUCGUUCACGGUCACGUUCGCCACACAAAAGAACCCACUCUCCCGGUUCAGAUUCAGAUUCAUCGCAGCAUCGCAAUGGCGGUUCAUUGGCUUCUGCUCGUACCCUACCGGAUGUCGCACGAAAAUGUUCUGUAAUAUGGCAAGGUGCUCUUAUUCUUAAGAGCUCUUUAUUCCCAGCCAAGUUUCACCUUACCGAUGGUGACACUGAUAUUGUCGAAUCGCUAAUGCGUGAUGAAGAUGGCAAGCAUAACUUACGUAUUACACAACGUUUGCGUCUGGACCCCCCAAAAUUGGAAGAUGUCCAAAAACGUAUUAGUUCUUCGUCUUCACAUGCCAUUUUCCUAGGCUUGGCCGGCUCAACGUCCGUUGCGAACACCUCCGAAGACAGUUCGGUACAGACUAGACCUCUUCGUAACUUGGUGUCGUAUCUUAAGCAAAAGGAAGCUGCUGGUGUUAUUUCUCUAUUGAACAAGGAAACCGAAGCUACCGGUGUGCUAUAUGCAUUCCCUCCUUGUGAUUUUUCAGCCGAUCUUUUAAAACGGACGUGUUCAACUGUAACUGAAGAAGCAUUCAAAGAGGACCAUUUGGUAGUGGUCGUGGUUAGGGGCGGUACGGCUUAAGUGAAUCUACUACAACAUUUUAAUUAAGUUAAACUACAAAAAAAUACAUCAACUUGAACAAAACAACAAACCAACAUGAAGACGAAAUCAUACUAUUAAAAGAUUUAUGAUCAUAUACAAGAAACACAUAUAUAAAAACCAAUACAUCCAUACUAUAUACAAAAAUAUAAUACAUUUUUAGAGGUCUGAUUGCAGAAGAAAGCAACAUUCUGUUACAAUUUAAUAUUCAAAAGUUUACUUAAUAUUUAACUUAUUUAAAAAUGAAAACUCUAUUGUUCUUCAAUGAUAAACUAAACUGUUCCUUUACUUGUCUUGAUAUAUUCUGAAUUUGAUCAGAAUGACAAAAGCAAACUUUAAUAUUAUCUAAAGACAUUUUAAGUAUUUACAAAUACGGGAACAGAUUUAAUUAAAAAAAAAUAAUAAUAAUUUGUGCCAAUUGUAAAAUCAAAAAGAAUUUUUUUAAUUUAAAAACUUAAACAGUUGUGCAUGCUUCCAAAAGCAAAGUGUAUGAAUACAAUUUUAUAUAAAUUUAAACAAUUUCAAUGUGUUGUUCCCAAUAGAAAUCCAUGAAAAAAAGCAUAAAUGUAUAAAUAUAUCAAAUAACUAUUUAAUUAAUAAUCCCAAGUA